CGGCGGACGACGUUAUACAAAGAGUUCAGACGUCGCGCGCGUUACUUGCUCACUCAACUAACUUACGACGUGACCAGAUUCAUCACUGAACAUUAAGAGGUGUUAUUAUUGUGACUUUGAAACUGAUGAUAUCAUGAUGCAGUCUUUGGCGUUACUCUUGAUGGCCUUAUCUGCAGUACUGGCUGCUCCUGCCCUUGUACCAGCUCCGCUAGUUGAUGAUGAAUAUCCUCUCGCGGAGAGGAGAGAAUAUGCGGAUCAAAUAAUCGUGCCUCAGAAGCGAGCAGCUUUGGUUCUGGACCGUUUGCUGAUAGCUCUUCAGAAAGCUCUCCAUGAUGAGGCAGUGGGGCAGCGUUUAGAGACUGACCGCGAAGGUCCCCGGACAGCGCCGCUACGAAUAGCCAAUUUUGACAACAAUGACGUGUCAGGGCUUCAGAGACGGGGUCAGGGCACAGGCCGAGGGCGGGUACUGCGAUGCUACUUCAACGCCAUCACUUGCUUUUAACUUUAAUGCCAUUUUAAUAUAUUCAUACGUUAUCCUAUUAAAAUAUUAUCAUAUGUAAUUUCGAGUAAACAUUAUUCUACUUGGCUGCAAAACUAACGCAUAUCUAAGCAAUCCUUGUUGUUAAUGAAUUAAUGUAUGAUUAUAUUACGACG